AUGAGUGCCACCACUGUAUCUCGCUCGCGCCCGGGUUCAGUCUUAGUGGCACUGGACAAUGGCCCUUUAUUGGCACCCUGGAUCAAGUGCCGCGACGGAUGGUCUGCUGCAUGGGUGCCACUACAGUGCCCGCACGCGAGCAUUAAAGCACUUGGAGCCAGCCAGCUCGCGUCGCCGCAGGUGUCCUCGUCCCCGUCCCGCCACGAGGACCGCGAGAGGAGGCGCCGCCGCAGGAGGAACUCCGGGGACCGCGACCGCGACUCCUCCGGCCGCAGGGAUGGGCGCUCCAAGGGCGGCCGCGACGAUCGGAGGGCGCUCCCCACGGACUACCGGGGCGCCCUGGCCAAGUUCGCGCCCCCGGCCCCCCACGCCCUCCUCAAGAAGAUCGGCAGCAAGGACGUGCAGGGCCUCGGCAAGGUGCGCGUGGUGCUCCGCGUGUCCCCCGCCGUGUCCCUCGCGGAGGGCGAAGCCGAGGUGGUGACCCUGGACAAGCGGCGGCGACAGGUGACCCUCGUUGACCCGCAGACCCGCCAGGCCCAGGAGUCCCGUGUGGGUGUGGCGGCCCCCAAGAUGUUCGCCUUCGACCAGGUCUACACGCAGGAAGACUCCCAGAAUGAAGUGGUGUCCGGGGCCGUGGUGGACGUGCUGCACGCUGUCCUGGCCGGCAACGACGGGUGCGUGCUGUGCUUCGGCGGCGCCUCCCUCGGGAAGACGUACACCAUGCUGGGCUCUCACACAGGCCCCGGGGAGCUCGGCGUGAUGCCCUCGACGGUGGCGUGGCUGUACAGGGCGAUCGUGGAGCAGAAGGCGAAGAGCGGCGCGAGGUUCAGCGUGAGGGUGUCGGCGGUGGCCGUCGACGCGGCCGGAGCUUUGUUCACUGAUCUCCUCGCCGAAUACGCACAAGAUGGCGAGGCUUCCCCCAGUGCAUUGCUCCGAGACUCGACCGGCGGCUACCUGUCCUCGGUGGCCGAGCUGCGUGCGCCCUCGCCGGAGGCCGCGGCCCAUUACCUCGACGUCGCGAUUGCUGCGCGGGCCUCGCACGCCCAGGUGCAGUCCGGCCAGCAGCAGGCUCCGGCCCCGGGCUCGGCCACGCUCCUCUACACAUUGCAUAUUUACCAGUAUGCUGUAGACAAAUCAGGCAAAGGAGGAGUUGUGGGCGGUCGAAGUCGCCUGCACAUGAUAGAUGUCGGAGACCUGAGUGGCAGCGGGGGCGGCAUGUCCCUCUCUGCUCUCACCUCGGUCCUUCUCGCAAUCUUCAACGGUCAACGAUACCUGCCUCACAGGGAGAACAAGCUGACUAUGUUGCUGAAAGAGGCACUUGGCUCGGUCACUUGCCACGCAGCCAUGGUAGUGCACAUAUCCCCUUCCCCGAGGCACGUGCAGCACACGCUCGCCACGCUACAACUGGCCUCGCGCGUCCACCGGAUGAGGCGCAAGAAGUUGAGGGGUCUCGGGGGCUCAAACUCCGGCGGCAGUUCUGAAGGAUCGCACAGUAGAUCCUCAGGCGGUGACACUUCUGCAGGAUCCUCAUCGAUGGACUUCUCCUCCUCAGAGCAGUCAUGUGAUACAGUCAUUUACAUUGGUGGAGGAGGACCAGGAGAUGCAACGGACAAUGAGCACCCUCCUGUCUUCAUGCCCCAUCACACCAACCAACAAAUGUGGCCCAUUGCCCGACUCCGGUCCAUGGAACACCUGCGCCCCCAUUCAGCAUCACCCACACCUGCACAUACGCGCCGUGCUGCCUCGGCUAGCCCCACGCCCACGUCACGAUCUGUUCCAAAUGGGCGGUCUCACGUAAAACCUCUUCCUCCUCCAAGGACAGUCAGCAACACCAGCAGCCCAGCGAACAGCGGAAAGUCCCCGGGUGGAAACUUUAUUCGGCACCAGCCAGGGGUCAGCAAAGUGUCAUACAACAACAACACUGGGCAGCAACCCCUCCUCUCAUCAUUCAAACCACAGGUCACCCUUGGGCCCCUCGUCCCAGGCGAUCUCAGACAUUUUAACUAUAAUGCUUAUGAGGAGCCUAAUAACAUGGUUCCCAUAUUCCAGAGAUCUCGUCUCCCUAUCCCUGCACACCAGCUUCAGCAACAAAGACAGCUGCAGCUUCAAAAUGUACAGCAGCAGCAACAACAGCAGCAGCAACAGCAGCAGCAACAACAAUAUCAACAGUAUCAACAACAAUAUCAGCAACAACAGCAACAGAAGCAGCAGCAACAACAACAACAACAGCAACAACAACAGCAGCAGCAACAGCAGCAGCAACAACAGCAGCAACCACAACAACAGCAGCAACUUAUUCAAAAUCAGCAACUUAAACAAGAGUUCCAGCAGUUGCAGCAUCAGCAUAUACAGCAACAUCAAAAGCAAAUUCACCAUCAGCAGCUUCAGGUUCAGCAGUUGCAGCAGCAGUUUCAUCAACAGCAACAGCAGGGUCGUGCCAGCUCAAAGGCUGCUGCUGAUGGAGUUGUUUCUGAUGAACAGUGGAUUGAUGGGCCACGUGUCCAUAAAUCACGUGUUGCAGCUGCACAGAAGUUAAAAACCAACAAAUCAGAGACUUGGGUUGAUGGGCCUCAGGUAACACCAGCAGGAUAUGGUUUUAUGGAUGACCACAAGAAAACCAUGAUUGAGAGGUGGGUAGCAGUCCAGACAGCACAGGUUGUGCAGCAGCUAGAGCAACAACAGACUGUACCAGCCCAAGCGCCAGCACAGACUUCUGCAACCCAGCAGCAGUUCACACAUCUCACACAGUUCCGUACUUGUGAAGAAUCAACACUAGACAGUGACCAAGACACCCUAAGUGAAGAUCCUCCAUCUGGCCCUGGACGACCAGCUGGCCCUGAUGCUGCCUUGCCACCGCAGCCAAAUCUGAUAGAGGAACUUGAGAGAAAGAAUCUUAUUCCUUCAGAAGAUCCCGAAGAGGAGAAGAGUGAAGACCUGAAGCCAACCCCCAGUGAGAGUGAAUCCCCCGUAAAGGAAUCUCUGAUUGAGGAGAAGAGCAGUGAGCCACAGUGCUCCCCUGAUGAGGAGUCUGGGGCUGAAGAGCCUUCCAUUGAUGAUAUCUGUUCCCAGUGUGAAGCUUUGGCUGAAGAGUGUGAGGAGCUGAGCUCACUUCUGUCAUGUGAGGAGGAAGAAUGUAAACGUCAAGCACAUCUUGGUCUUGCCACUGUGUUAGAAGAACCUGAAUUAGAGGCAGCUGUAGCAGCUGAGGAAGCAAAUGGACUGCAGGGUGAAGGUGAUGAGGAAACUGGUCAGGAUGGAGACGAUGUCAGUUCAACCCCCAGACGUGGCUGGGUGAGACGAUCCAUAGCAUCCUCAGGCACACAUCACUCCACGGAACUCAUUGAAGUCCAAGUUCCAGAUUAUCCUAUCAUAACUGUUGACUGUAGUAUUCAAGUAUGUGAAGAAGAUAUUGUGCGAGCUCUCGCAGACACUCCCUGCCAGAGUGAGGUGAUGAGUGUUGAAACCAGUGAUGACCACCCUCUCAGAGUUCUGUCUGAAGAAAAUUUGACAUGUGCAUCCACAUUCACAGACUCGUACUCUCAGAUGGGUGAAACUGGGGACGAGGAUGACUCUGAUGAGGAUGAUUCUCGGCCAUUUAGUUUGUUUGAAGUUACAGACUAUGGUAGAGUCUGUCAGGAUCUUAGUUUAGCUCUUCAGUCUGAUGUGGCUAACAGGAACCUGCAUGAACUAGCGAAGAUUCAUGACUUGUACAGAACACUUGCGCGUCAAAGUCCUCGGGUUCACACAGGUGGACCAAAGUUGCAAGCUGCCACCCUUGCAGAAAUCCUUGCCAACAGCCGAGACUCAUUACUUGAGGAUCAGAAGCCACCCCUAGAAGAUGACAGUAUAUGCAGUGAACCUGUUCAGGCAGAAGGGAAGCUGUGUCAGCACUGUAACAAAAAGCGUCUUCGUCAUGGCGACAGCAUCCUGAAACUAGAGUCAGCCCUGAGGAGCAAGUCGCAGUGGCUAAGCCGACCCCUAGACACAUUUGAGGACUCAGCAAGUGAUAAAUGCAUUGGAACAGAUGACCUGGAUUUCCCUGAAGAUCACUGUACAUGUGAUGUACAAAGUGAUUUGGUACCAUACAUCCCUUCUAUGUUCUUCAAUUUUUCUUCCAUGCAAAGUCCCGAUGGUUCAUCAAACCCAAGCAUAAAGCAGCAUGUGUCUGAAACUAGUAUAAAUUUAAAGGAUGCACCAUUGGCUGAUUCCACAGAAAAGUUAGCAGACCGUGUUCCCAUAAAUGGCGUUUCUUUGCCAGAAUUUAUAGAAGAUGUCGAAGCUAAUGUUGUUCUUUGCAACCCAGUGCAAUAUGAUUACAGCAAAGAUGAAGAUGUUAUUGAUGUGAAUGAUGAGCGAACGGUUACUGGGAAAAGUGAUAAUGAAAGUGACUGUGUUAGUAACAUAAGUGAAGAUUCAGAAUAUAUGAUGCAGACUUCAAAACUUUCAAAAUUCCUCUGUGUAGGCGUUGGUAGAAGUAAAACUAAAGCUCCAUAUAAGGUAGCAAAACAAAAUAAUAAUAAGAUAGUUGAGAACAAGAAAAAUAUCUCAAAAAUCAAAGAUUCCAAAGUAAAAACUCCUGCUAAAAGUAGAGAAAAUUCUAAAUCUCCCGAUCGCAAUUCAAAAAACUUGAUAAAGUCUCCCUCACGAGUGGUCUCACAAAGUGCAGCUAAGCAAAGUGUUGGCAGGCGAGGGGAAACAGGAUCAGUACGCACACGUUGGGGUAAGUCAGCUCGUGUCGGGGCAAUUAAACCCCCAGCUGUAGGUAUGAGGGGAAAUUACCGCUACACGUGUACCCUGAUGUACCCCCCUGAUGCCCCCACACCCACGGAAGGAUACGACUCUGGUCAUGAUUCAGGUGCUGCAACUCAGGGGAGUGCAACCCCCCUGGAAAAUAGUGAGGCAUGGAGGACUGGUCAGAAUCUACAGCCCCAGCACCACCACCAGCAUCACCACCAGCAUCACCAGCACCACCAACAUCACCAUCCAGCAGCAAAUAGUGGGUCCUUAGGCACCAACCCUUCCUUAGGUGAAUCCUCUGGAUAUGAGAGCAUCCCUCGAGACUCUGAGUGUUCCUCAUUUAGUUCCUCCCAGGAUUCUGAGAUGGAUGAAGAACAUAGACGAGACGCUCAGGCCCAGUCUCAAGCUCUCCAGCAACAACAGCCUCAGCCUCAGCCUAAACCUCAGGCAACAGAUGAUUUAUCAAAAGUUCAAGUUGAGGAAUGGUCAGAGGAGGAUGUGAAGAGAUACGAAGGCCGCCCUAGAGCAGCAGACAUACCUCAGUUGAGGGCGUCACGUCAGCAAAUUCUAUCUCUUAAAACUAUCCAGAGAGCCCUAAAAGCUGACUUAGCUCAGGCUAAAGGGAAUUUGAAUGUUCCUUCGGAUUCCUGGAGCUACGAACUACACAUAAAGGAGGACUCGCCGAUGGAUCAUCGCACCUUUGUGGAAGCGCUUGCGAGGGAGACGGUUAUCUUGCAGAAGCGCGUUGCAGCCGCCCGGAGUCGUGUCCUUGUUGUUACAGCUUUUCUGCCUAGACAGCGACGUGAAACUCUGAUCAACUGACAUUGGGGGCUGUGGAAGCGCAACGUGUUUUAUUCCUGUGUUAUUUAACCAUCUCAAUUCAAACAUUUUCAAGUUGGUCUUGAUAUCUUUUGCAAUCAAAGAAAAUUUUUCUUCAGGAAAUGUAUAUGAAUAUUUGUCCCUUUGCCAUUAGUGUAAUUUGCAUCUUAAAAUAUAUUUGUGUGAUUAUCUAUAAAAGCAAUUAUGAUUAUUGCAUUUAAUCUGUCCAGCUCAGGUCCUAGGUCUGUAUCUUUGUUCUGUACAUGUGCUAAGGAUCAAGGAAGAUAUUUACUAAAAAUUUGGGAAAUAUAUAAAACUCCUGUAUUAUUCUAUGCCCAUGAUCUCAUUUGCAAUAAUAAUAAUUAUGAAAUGGGUUUCAGAUGAAAAUGAGAUUUUUGACUCGGUUUCCAGAUAAUAUUGCCUUCAAAGAAAUUUCCUUAUUAGGCAUCAGCAAAUUCGUAACUGCCAAGCUGUGUAUAUCUAUAAAAGCAAGCUUCUAGCCUUGGACAUAUUGACAUGUGACUAUUUUGUAAUUAUAGACCGUUUGACUUUAUUUCAUGACAUUUAUUAAACAACUUUUUGUAUUCUUUUUACCAACAACACAGUCCCAAUUGAUGUACUUUGUGGCAAUAGUGAAGAAAACAAUGCCAUAGGGUAAACAAUGUGAAAUUGAUCAUGGAUCACUUUUAUUCAAUGGAAAAUGGGAUUGCACUAUUUACAUUACCAUUAAUUUAGGCAAUUUAUUUUUGCCAUUGUAAACCUUAUAAAAUAGUUAGUCCUUAUUCCAUAUAAUAUAUAAUAUAAAUGGAUUUAGUGAUUCCAUUUUUCAAUUUAUUGGUGAUCUAUGAGCAAUUUGGUUAUUGUUUAGUCUAAGUCAAUAGCCUAGCUUCUUGGUGAAUGUGAUUCUUAUUGUAUAUUUGUGAGCAAUUGUUUCCUGCAUACAGGUGAUUAUGCAGGAUUAUCUCAGUUGCAUAAUGUGUGAUUUACUUGAAUUAAAUGCACAGAAUACACAGUAAUAUAUAUUGAAUGUACAUUGGUAGAUAGUUAAUUUACAUAGUGAGGUUUGUCCACAAACAGAAAUUACAGAGAGGUAUGUAUGAACUGUAUCUCUUUUCUAUAUUUAUAAAGGUGGUCUUUUGCCAGCAUAGUCAUGUAUUGUGUAAAAUAAAAAUGAUUGUUUAGUUA